AAAACAAACGGGUUAUGUUUCACUGUUCUAAAGAAAAAAAGAUGGCGGUGGCAAUUUACAAUGAUGAGCCUCAAAACGUAACCUUCGAAUCAGAUAAAGUUGAAGAUCCGCUCUAUUCUGCUCUCCUCGCUAAUGCAAUCUUUAAUGGUUGUCUCUGCUAUACCACCAUUAUGCUGAACAUUGUAACAAUCUACGCUUUGCGAAAUACAUCGACACUAUCAAGCACUUUGAAAACAUUACUCCUAAACCUCGCUGUUGCCGAUCUUGGUAUCGGUUUUCUAGGCCAACCUUUAGAAGUCGUUUACCUGACGGAGUUACUACGAUGGAAUCGAUCAAGUCCUUCUACAGAUAGAGCUUCUGCUGUUGUUUUGAGCGUUUUUUAUUUGUCUUCAUUGUGUAGUAUUAUGGCCAUCAGUGCAGAUAGAUUUAUUGCCAUUCAGAUGCCACUGCGAUAUGAAGAUCUGGUGACUCGCAGAAGAGUCGCUGCAGUCGUUAUCACAAUAUGGCUAUUUAGCGCACUGAUCAGUCCCUGCUCAGUGUUUCUACUAACAACGAAUACCACGUUUGCAUUUCUUGUCAUCAUGGAAUCCAUUUUCUUUCUUGCUACAACACUGCUUCAUUACCAGAUAUAUUUGACAAUAAGACGCCACAAAGAACAAAUACAGUCUCAAAUGCAACAGCUUGCGGAAAAUAACGACCUGGCAAAUUCGACAAGAAUCACAAAAUCUGCAAAUAGGACAUUUUGCAUUUAUCUCCUUUUCUGGGUUUGUUAUCUACCUCAUCUUUUCGUUUCGAUUGCUCGUCGCAUACACGGAAAUGAAAGUGUAACUAUAAACGUAUUGUACGUAUUUUCGGAAACUCUUGUUCUCCUCAAUUCAUCCCUCAAUCCAGUCAUUUACUGUUGGAAAAUGAGACAGAUUCGACAGACGAUAUUGAACAUUCUUCGAAAAAUGUCUCGAUGUUAUACCAGAGGUUAAAAUAUAGUUAUUC